CCCAGCUGGCAGACUGCACGAGCUUCCGCAGUUAUUGUCAUAACUUUCCAGAUGGAUUUGAUGAUAAUGUUGGUUUUAUUUUUCCUUCAUGUAGUCACUGUGAAAUGCAAUCCCGGACCUUUAGUGGACGUUGUUGUCGAUCGGUACGAUAUACCGAAAGUUUGUCCCCGAGAGGUGCAAACAGAAGAUUUUAUCCGUUAUCAUUUCAACGGUACUUUCUUUGCAGAUGGGCAGAAGUUUGACUCCAGUCAUGACCGAGGCAAAGCCUUCAUCAGCCAGGUGGGCCUGGGCAGACUCAUCACAGGGAUGGACCGCGGUCUCCAGGGCAUGUGCGUGAACGAACGUAGGAGAAUCACAGUCCCCCCACACUUGGCCUACGGAAGCAUAGGAACAGGUGGUGUAAUUCCUGCUGAUGCUGUGUUGGUGUAUGAUGUUCUGCUGCUGGACAUAUGGAACGCUGAGGACAAGGUCCAGAUCCGCACGAUCAACAAACCUGCAGGUUGCAAACGGACCACUGUGGCAUCAGAUUUUGUCCGUUACCACUAUAACGGCACCCUGCUGUCUGGUGAAACCUUUGACUCCAGCUACUCGAGGAAUACAACCUAUGACACCUACUUGGGACAGGGUGACCUCAUCAAAGGCAUGGACGAGGGUCUCAUGGGCAUGUGUGUUGGAGAGAGACGGAUCGUCAUCGUCCCACCCUUCCUGGCGUAUGGAGAGAACGGCUCUGGAACUCUGGUCCCUCCUCAGGCCACACUGGUGUUUGAGGUGCUGCUGAUUGAUGUGUUCAACCCCAAGGAUGACCUGAUUGUGGAGGUGAAGGAAGUGCCUAAAGGCUGCACCCGCAGGACGGUGACUGGAGAUUACAUCCGCUACCACUACAACGGUACCUUCCAGGACGGCACGGCUUUCGACUCGAGCUACCAGCGAAAUAGCACCUAUAACACUUACAUUGGGAUGGGAUAUGUGAUCCGAGGGAUGGACAAAGCACUGCAGGGGCUGUGCAUAGGAGAGAAACAGAGGAUUACAAUUCCUCCUCACUUGGCGUAUGGUGAAGAAGGAGUUGGAGACCUCAUUCCUGGAUCUGCUGUGCUGGUCUUUGACAUUCAUGUCAUUGAUUUCCACAAUCCCAAAGAUCCGGUCGCGGUUAAAGUAACCCACAAGCCCCAGGAAUGCAACGUGACCAGUGAAGCUGACGAUCUGAUUCAGUAUCGUUACAAUUGCUCCCUGAUGGACGGCACCCUGCUGUACUCCUCGGAUCAGUACAACUCGCCCUCUACCACGACUCUCGGAGCAAAAAUGGUGAUCCUGGGUCUGGAGGAAGGUUUGAGCGGCAUGUGCGUGGGUGAAAGGAGGGAGGUGGUCAUCCCUCCUCACUGGGGGCACGGUGAAAAUGGAGCUGGAGGAGUCCCCAGGAGUGCUGUGCUCUUCUUUGAGCUGGAGCUGGUGGAGCUGCAGAAGGGAGUGCCUGAAGGCUACAUGUUUGUGUGGCUAGGAGACGGCCCUGACCCCCUCUUUCCUGCUAUGGACCUCAAUGGUGACAAAGAGGUUCCUCUAGAGGAGUUUUCAUCCUUCAUCAUGAUCCAAGUUAAAGAGGGCAAAGGCCGUCUGCGGCCAGGGGUCGAUGCCGACAGCAUCAUUAAGGACAUGUUCAAUAACCAGGACCGCAAUCAAGAUGGGAAGAUUGUGGAAGAUGAGAUGGAUGAGGAGUCUGAACAAGUGAGACGAGAUGAGUUGUAAAAAGGGACAUAGAGUAUUUCAGUGGUGGUCAUUUACUGUCUGGGGUAAUACUGUCGUCUUAGCAACUGUCGUGCCACUAUUUUGAAAAUGUUUCAAAUAUUGAGAGCUUUUAUUUAAGGCAGUCAGACAGUUUGCUAGAUUCUUUUAAAAUGCAUUAAUGACAUCUCACCCCACUGCAGAAGCACAUCAACAGCACAAGAGAACAUCUGUAUCUGAGGGUCAGUAUGUUGUGCACAGGAAACAGGUGUUUGAAACUGUGAAAGAAAUAAAUAAUAUCUGUAAAGAAAAUAUAUUCCCCUCAAAAGAAAGGCAGAUUUAAGCAUUUACAUCAAACUACCUUACAAACAUUUGGGCAGGGCCCAUCCUCCAGACUAUAUAAUUUUAUAUAAAUGAGUCAAAUGCAGAGUUGUUGUCGUGCCUCACACCCGUCUCUUGAUAGACAAAUAAAAAACCACUGGUUGUACAGUUUGGGAGUGGCAGGUUUGUACUAUAACAGAAAAUCUAUC